CAGCUCGGCACGUGACGCAGAGUGAGUCGCUACUGUGGCUGGACGAGAACACACCGACAUUUAGCAACAAAAACAAUCGCACUUUUCAGACUGUGGAAGCCACUCACUGAGCGAUGGCCUCACCCGUCUCUGUGUACCACUCCAGCUCUCUGGACUCUCACAUCGCUAGUACUGGCAGAAAUUCGCUAAAGAUGGAAUUGUUAGCGGAUGUCUCUCUACUUCCAGGAGAGGAUCGAAUUACAGAUCAGGAGAUCAUUUACAUGUGUCCAUUCAAUGGAGCUGUUAAAGGGAAAGUGUUGAUCACCACCUACAGACUGUACUUCAAGAGCUCAGAUGCUGACGUGCCGCUGACCCUGGACGUUCCUCUGGGUGUCAUAAGUCGAGUGGAGAAGAUGGGUGGAGCGUCGAGCCGUGGAGAAAACUCAUAUGGACUGGAUAUCACAUGCAAGGACAUGAGGAAUCUGAGGUUCGCUCUGAAGCAGGAAGGCCACAGCAGGAGAGGGAUCUUUGAUAUGAUCUUCAGAUAUGCUUUUCCUCUUUCGCAUAGUUUGCCUCUUUUUGCUUAUGUGAAUCAGGAAAAGUACACUGAGAAUGGCUGGUUCGUCUAUAAAGCUAUGGAGGAGUUUAGGCGUCAGGGCUUACCAAACAACAAAUGGCGUAUUACAUUCAUCAAUAAGAGUUAUGAUCUGUGUGACACGUACCCGACUGUCCUCGCGGUCCCUUUCAAAUGUAAAGAAGAUGACCUUAGAAGAGUGGCCGCCUUCCGGUCAAGAGGACGCAUACCGGUUCUGUCGUGGAUCCACCGGGAAAAUCAGGCAGUGAUUGUUCGCUGUAGUCAGCCCCUCGUUGGAAUGUCUGGUAAAAGAAAUAAAGACGACGAGCGAUACCUGGACCUCAUCAGAGAGGCAAACGACACCACCAAAAAACUCACCAUUUACGACGCCCGGCCCAACGUCAACGCGGUCGCAAACAAGGCCACUGGAGGGGGCUAUGAAGGGGACGAGUACCUAAAUGCUGAGCUAGUCUUCCUGGACAUCCAGAAUAUUCACGUCAUGAGGGAGUCCCUUAAGAAACUCAAAGAUAUCGUCUACCCAAACGUGGAGGAAUCCCACUGGCUGUCCAGUCUAGAGUCUACACACUGGCUAGAACAUAUUAAGCUGGUGUUGUCGGGAGCCAUCCAAGUGGCAGACAAGGUUUCCAGUGGGAAUUCAGUUCUGGUUCAUUGUAGUGACGGAUGGGACCGGACGGCACAGCUUACCUCACUGGCCAUGCUGAUGCUGGACAGCCACUAUCGCACGCUAAGAGGCUUCCAGGUCCUGAUUGAAAAGGAAUGGAUCAGCUUUGGUCACAAAUUUGCAUCGCGGAUCGGCCACGGUGACAAAAACCACGCAGACCAGGACAGAUCGCCAAUAUUUGUUCAGUUCAUUGAUUGUGUAUGGCAGAUGACCAAACAGUUUCCUACAGCCUUUGAGUUCAAUGAGCAUCUCCUGCUCACAAUCUUGGAUCAUCUCUACAGCUGUCGCUUUGGGACUUUCCUCUACAACUGUGAGAAUAUACGAGACCAGCAGGAGCUGAGAUCGAAGACGGUGUCCCUGUGGUCUCUGGUCAACAGCAAGAUGGAUAUUUAUUUGAACCCAUUCUACACUCCAGAGUCUGGACAGGUUCUCUACCCCGUGGCAAGCAUGCGCCACCUAGAGCUGUGGGUAACCUACUACAUCCGCUGGAACCCACGUAUACGACACCAGCAGCAGAGUCCAGUGGAGCAGCGCUACAAGGAGCUUUUGGCCCUCAGAGAAGAAUACUUAAAGAAACUGGAGCAGCUUCAGUUAUCCGAUUCUUCCUCUCCCUAUCAGCUGGCUAACAGCACCACGCCAAACACCACCUCGUCUACAGCCUCCACACCUUCACAGCAGUACACACACCUACAGACUCCGUUUUGAAGCUCUUCCUUCACAGACGAGAGGCAGAACCUCUUUUGGAUUGCACUGUUCAUGUCCUCUUUUAUCUGCAGUCUUCUUUCUUUUUGUUCUAACUCACACACACACACACACACACACAC